UCUUUUUCAGGUAUUUCCUAUCAAGUUGGAAAACUAAACGCAUCAGAGACACGUCAAGGAUGGAAUUGCAAUAGCGGAUGUGAGGCGCCACAACAUUGUACACUGCCCCGUUGCACCAAUGUGGUAUUUCCGCAAACGUUUAGUGGAUCUGGAACCGUAAGUAAACCCUAAGCAAUUAAAACUUAUAGUCUAAUCUGCAGGGUUCGGGGUAACUUUCUUUUGUAAGUGAACCACAUUAAGCUUCUUUACAAAAUCUAAUGUUCUUGAAAAAUUUUGAUUUGCCAAAGUACUUGUGGUUUUCUGAUGCUUUGGUGCACAUAGGUAUGCUUAAGUGCUUCUAAUCCCUAAGAUGCGUGUGUUUUUGAACAAAACAAAACAGAACAAAACAAAUACAAAAAGCCGGAAGAUUCUGACGAUAAAUAUAGAAGGUCUCUGUUCCAUGAAAUGGGAAUUGGGGGGUAAAAUGUGAGAGUGUGUGGAGGAGGGGUGGGCGAUUGGGGUCGAUUAGCUAGACUCUCUUUUUCUUCAGAUUUAGUGUGUGGAGUGAACGCGUGCGCGAGCGUCGAGCAGACGCGAGAAACAAGGGAGGCAUUCUCGCGCCUCCAGUCACGCGCAAGGCCACGCCUCUCUUGCGUGUCUCGCGUAUCUCGCGCGUUUCGCUCGACGGAUUAGGAAAAAAAGAGAGACUGCUCUUAGUCUAGGGUGGACUUGUCACCUGAUAAAUUUUCAUUGAUGGCUGUCUUUACCUAACGCAUUUCAGGUUCGAGUUUUUGUGUCAUUAAGCCAUGAAGAUCAGUCUUCAGUUGUUCAUUCGCCUUCCGCCGUGUGGGCAGAGUCCAUUAGUACAGCUGGAUUUCAGUUAUGCUCGCGUGCAACAGGUUCUACAAAUGACACUGGAAUUAUCAACUGGGUAGCGUUUCAGGACAAACCUAUGUUAACGCAUGGAAGCGUUACUUUUAGCGGAAUAUGGACAACAGAAACUAAGUGUGAGAAGGUGGCCUUUUCUCAGGUUAGAUAACAAUAAUUGACAACAAGUAUAUAAUUUUGUUACAAAGGUGUAAAACGUAAUUAAAUAGUAGAAACAAAUGAAAUAGUAUCAGAAGGUAGUUCUAAAACAAAUGAUCACUAAUUAAUAUCCGGAAUUUGCUCUUCACAGCAGAGUUCACUGCUAAAAGUCUUUUUAAGUUUUCACUUGGGCUUAUUUUCAAACUUUUCCUUCCAUCACCUUUAGAUAUGCCAUUUUCACGUUUUACUUUGGAGGUAGUGAUUGAAUAAUGCUUGACCGUUUUGAAUGUAUUGAUGUGUUUAAGGUAAUUUGGAAAAUAGAAGUCUAUUUUUUAAUGAUAUUAAAUUUGUAGCAUUAAAAUUAACAAAGUUAGCCGAAAAGGAACAUUGUUGUUUGUAACUUUAUUUAAGUAAUGGGCCAAAUAAGAUGCAUUCACCAACCUUUUCAACACUUCGUAGAAAGAGGUGAAAAAGGGGUAGAAUAUUGAGUUAAUGGGAAUAGACAAGUAGAUUUAAUUAAUCUGCUCCCCUUAAAUCCUUAAUUUCAUUUAAGUGCCGCUGAGUACUUCAUCGAUACGUUCAUGCUGACUUAUCUUUCGAGAAGUUUGUUUAUUUUUCGAUCGAUAGUUUUUGAUAUAUGUAACAAUUUUUUUGCAGAGCUUUGCUUCCAAGCCUCGUGUAUUUGUCUCAGUUAAGUACACUCGCAGUACAAAGCCAAAUGACGCUAUGUACUUAUGGUUAGAAAACGUCAAUUCUGGAGGAUUUGAAGUGUGCUUGAGGGAAUUCUUGCCCUUUGAUGGAAAACACCAAGAUGCAGUUGUGGUAGGUGGAGAAAAAUGUCCGAGUAAACUAUAGUAUUGAUGAAAGCAAACAAACAAACAAACAAACAAACUUGACUUUGCCACACCUCGGCAGCCCGCAAAACCAAUUGCCCAGAACGUUUUUGACGCAAUUAAGGUCAGUAUCAUGUCUCACGCAGUCAUUUCGUGUUAAAGGAAACGUUGCUCGAAACCUGACGUAAAUCGUCUUGUAAAAAAAGGGGUAGCAAAUUAAACAUUAUUUUCUUGUCGGCAGGACUGGUUUGCAUUUACUGGAAAUGGGAGUCAACUUAAUUUCACAUUAACUGGAGAAGAAAUCUUUCUAAACAGUGGAAAUCCAUCGGCCAAAAACAACUACGGCUUCUGUCAGGUGAAAACUUUAGUUCUAACAAGAACAUUUAGCAAGCCAAAGAAUACUGAUUUUUUAGUGGUUAAGUUCAAACUAAAGAAAACUUAAAAUACAGUAAACCCAAGCUUACCAGGCCAUGGUAAUCAACAUUGUAUCCAAAAUGGCAAUUCCAAGAUGAGCGCGACAUGUUUAUCUCGCGAUUUUGACGUGCGCAUAUUUCGCGAUUCUUAAAUUUCGUGACUUUGCGAGAAUUUUAUAUUUCGAAUCUCUUCAAUUUCGCGUUGUAGACAGUGGGCGAAUAUUAGAAGUGGGUAAUUUACGGAAGAUGGGCAAAAAUAGAGGGAGAAGUGAGCACGUUCAGAUCCAUUUACUAACUUACAUGACUUUUUUACCUAUUUACAGGAAGUGCCUUUCAAUACGACCUUUUACAAAUCGCCAGUUGUGAUUCUUUCCGUGAAUCAUGAGUAUAAUCUGAAGGUCAAGGGAAGUCGUCUUCCUGAAAAUAAUAUAAUAUCAGCCUGGCUAGAGGUAGGUUUGGUUUUUUAUUCUAACCUGAGAAAACAGCCCGCCCGACAUUUCGCGCGACGCCACCACUAGUUUUCCCAGAAAAUGAGGAAAACCCCGUUUCACGACGCAAUUACCGGCUUUCCCGUGAAUAGACGUCUGUGGAAGAGUGCAGAAAUUCCAUACUGAAGACGUGUACUUCUCAGAUCAAGAUAGUGCUUGUGAUUGGUCAUGCUGCAAAAUAAACUUUCUUUAACCAAUCAAAAGCACUGCCUGCCCAGAUCUGCGUAGUGACAUGAUCAUCAGUACGCAAUUUCUGCGCUCGUUCCUCAGACAUCUUUUCACGGAAGAGCCUUUAAUUGCGUCAUGAAACGGGGUUUUCCUCACUGGGUUAUAUUCUUGAUCGAUUUGAGGUUAAUGAUAAUGAACAGGGAUUUUUUCAGUGCUUUACUACAUUAUUCUAUUCAAUUAUUUGCUUGAACUCUCACGACACCUUUGAGAUCCAAAAGCCCAUAUCACUUGUUCAAUCAGGGGAGAGAAGAAAUCCGUUUAGUAUAGGUAAUCACAUGAUUUCGAGUGCAAUUUGGAAUAAAUAAGCACGAGUAAAUUUUUCAAAGACUAACAAAAGUGCACGAGCCCGUAGGGCGAGUGCACUUUGUGGUCUUUGAAAAAUUUACAAGUGCUUAUUUAAUCCAAAUUGCACGAGAAAAAUCAUGUGAUUACUUAUUAAUAAUAUACACGAAAAACAUAACUACGACAACAAAUUUUGACAGCGCGCGCGUUUUUAGUUCAUUCAACUGAUUGGCUGAAACAGACUACUACCUUUGUCAAAUUCAAACUUUUUCAAGACCAACGCUUUCAAAAUCAUUCAGCUAAGAACUUGGAAAUGUGCAAGGAUUUUUUUAUAUGAUCACCAGCCUGUUAAAGAUAACUUGGUUUACAACAAUCAGCAAAAGUAAGUGUUUUUAAAUUCAUCCUCGAUUAUGAGAGCUCGGCGUUUACAAGAAGCGUUUUCAAAAAGUAUACUGCCGUUUUUAAAUCAGGAGAACGCUUCGAGCAGCCAAAGAUGAAAGACACUUGCUAAGGAUUUUUAACGACUGUUUAUCAUUGUCUGUUCCUGAGACCCAUCAUAGCUGGAUUCAUGGACAAACUUUUGAGAUUUAAAACCCGAAAAUGAAGGAGGCAAUUUGUUUUCUUUCGACGCUAUCAUCGAUGGGUGAGUGGAGCCACAGUUGUUGUGAUGUCGGAAACUGUCAGUAUUAAUAUAAUAUUUGCUUUUUCUCAGCGCUGGAGUUUUCAUUAUUUUAUUUGGGCUAAUGCAAGAUUCAUCGUAGCUCUUCUUCGUCGGCUUCAUCGUAGUCGUUAAGGAAAUUUAUACUUCUGUGGCCUAUGACACUGAGGAUAUGUUCUGAACUUACAAUCUUUGCUUUCUUCACCUUACUGCAUGUUGUUUUUCUUGCACAAUGAUUCGUAAACUUUUUUCUCACUUUCUUUAAGGCUACUACCAGCUACGGAUACUUUUCAUUGUGUGAGUUGUGGUAUUUUCACCCAUUGGUUUAGUUUGGACCAGAAGUCUAAAUUUUCAGUUUCGUUUGCUACUGAGGUAGAAAAAAAACAGACCAUCACAUGGAUGUUUUAAUAGAGUUCUUCGCUUCACAAAAGACUUGUUCAUUUAAAUGCCUGAAGAGUGUAGCUGUCAUGGUUUGCGUGUGGUUGCAACCGUUUUUGUUCUUUAUUUUUUUUACUUUAGCGUAGUCUGUUAUGAGUAGCUUUUUUUUUUAGUUUCUCUGGCUCAUUUUCCUCGAUUUUGUCGACAGUAUUUUUCUCUUAGCAACGCAUUUUCAAUACAUUUAGCGAGAAAGACGUGCUUUUUACCGUGUUCGGGUUUUUUUGGAAUAUUUUUUUUAAUUUUUCUAUAGUUGUUUUGCUUACAAAAUUUAAUCCCGUCGUCGUCUGCUGAAAACCAUGGCCAUUUUCUUGAAUUUGUGUUGUUAAAACAGCUCUAAUCUGAUUGGUUCUUGUUGGUUUCUUUUGUGUUUUCGGCCAAUCAGAAAGCAUUUGUAAUCUGCACUCGUGUUACAAGUUUGCACUCGUGUUACACAUUUUGCACUCGUGUUACAGAAGAGCUGCACUCCUUUCUCAGCCAAUCAGAAUUGAGUAAUUUUUUCGUGUAUAUUAUUAUUCUAAUAAAUUUGUAAAAGGACUGUGAAAACUGUGAAAAAGCCAUAAGAAAACAAUAAUUUGGAUCUGAUCCAUGAAUUUCAUGACUUAAAGGUAUCGACAUAGAAAUCAAGAAGAAACUAUGGAAUUUCUAGUAACUGAUGAGUGCUAUCACAUUUUGCUGUAGGAAGUUGGAUUACAAUCUAUGAAGGUCUGCGUUAAAGACCUCAGUGGAUUAGGAUCGAGUCAUGGUCCCUUGAUUGUCAGCUACGCUGUUACUGGAGGUUGUUUAUAAUUUUCCUAUUGUAAUGAUCACUAUUUCUAGUAAGAACUAUUGUUAUUUUUAUUAUCAUUUUUUUUUUUUGAUAUCUUUUAGAAGUUGUUAUAUGUAGGAAUACAUUUCAUGAUAUAAUUAAAGAAACACUGGAGUACAAACACUGACAUACCUUAUUCAUGUUACACUCUAUCUUUGCACGAACUUUAAGACUGAUCAUUGAUGGGAUAAGAGCAAUUAGAGGGCACACAAGUAAUAAAAUUGCCAAUACUAGUAAUCGAGUAAUCGACUGCAUUCUUGUAUUUACUGAUUUUAUCCCUUGCUUGCCCCCUGAGACACCACGUAACAUUGCUUUAAUUUAUUCCAUCAGUCCUUAAGCGCGUGCAGAGAUGGCGGGUAUCGUUAAUCAGGUCUACUAAGGAUUAAAAAAAAAAACAUUUGUUGAGGUACCUACAAGCAAACAUGUUACUACUACUGAACAGUAACUUAGUUUUAAUUGAAAUAUGAAAAAUAUAUUAGACAUUUAUGUUUUUUUCCAAAUGGAUAACUACUCAAUAUUAUGUCUCUUUUUUCUUGGUACAGACCUUAAUCCUUGCCUUAAUGUGCAUUGCCCACGGUUUGGAGUCUGCAGGACCUACAGUGCGCAUGACGCUCGGUGUGAGUGCGAUGACCAAUGCCCUUCAUAUAAAGACCCAGUGUGCACUGCAAACGGAACAACUUACGACAACCGAUGCUGGCAUAAGUUAAGCUAUUGCAGAGGACUUGAAAAUAAUCUGGUUUAUCACCCUGGAAGCUGUGAAGGUAUAACGAAAAAUAAUGUCAGCGAUUUUUUUUGGCUGUAUAUGCCACAUAAAAUAGUCUGGGAGUUAAGCUCUCGAUUGCUUAGAAUUAUUGGUGUUGGCUCAAAAUUGAAUUGACUUCAAGCUAUGAUGUUUAUAACUUUUCGUUACUUUUAAGCUCGCUUUUAGCUCCUCACGCAGGUUAAACAACGAUAGACAGCUGUAACAAGCUACUUCGUCUCUCUGCUUUGGCAAACAAACAUAUAGCAGCCCAGACUAUAGCCAAUGUUUGGUCUGUGUAAGAUCUUUUAUCCUCAUUUGUCUUGCAAUUUAGUUUUUAUCGCGUAAAAUUAGAUUACUUAAAUCUGCUCGGGGCAAAUAUGGUGCAAAAAAGUGCAAAAGAGGAGGAAAUCAAAGACAAAUGGAGUUGCAUAAUUGAGGGCAAAUGAAGUAUUUACUAUCUUUGCCCUUGAUUUCAUCCUCUUUUGCAACUUUUUUGCAUCUUAUUGGCACUGAGUGAAUUUGCUGAAAAUCAAAUAUUUCCCGCAGUGGCGCGCGCUCCCAAUAUACUGGCAUAUGUUUAUCUUUGAACUGGCACAUGUUUAUCUUGGGCACUGAAACCAGCAUGCAAUAAUAAGCAGCCACUAUACAUUUCGUUGUAGAAAGGUAGCCGACAUUGCAAGUUACAGCCUAGUUUUAGUUCCAUUUCCACGCUUUUUUUAUCACCAUCCUUCACCACUUAGAGUUGCACUACAACGCAAGCUAGGGAAGCUACGUAAGCGAUAAUGCUUAAAGAGCACAGUGAUGCUUCCUUAUAAAGUACUUAAUUUAUUACAAAACAGGCUUUCCAAUUGUUCGGGGCCGUGUAGAUCUGCUACAGGUUCCAAAAUGGUCAGAUUCAAACUGUCAGACAGUCACAUUUCCUCCAUACCGGUUUUAUCCGGAUAAACAAGUUCAUGUUCAAAUAACCGUCAAUCACAUGAAGCUGAAUGACUCUGUGACAGUCCACGACGCUGUUACUUCAUGGACAGAAAGUAUCAACACAAAAAACUUCACCGUCUGUGUCAUGCAAACCGGGAGGAAAGAAGAAGGCGCGAAUCCAUUUGCCACCAUUGAUUGGGUGGCUUAUCAAGGAGCACCGCCCGAAGGAUUGACGGGAACGGUUGAGUUGCAGAAAUGGUGGUCUGGUACCAACUGCGCAGAUGUAACCUUUCCUACGGUGAGAUGGGAAUGUACAUAUUAAAUUAAAUAAUUGUUGCAAAUUCAGUUAAAGUCUGCAUGACGAAUGUUAGACUUUCAUUCAUGUGACACCUUUAAUCCGUGUCUUGAAAAAAAAAUACAAAAAAAAAAAAAAAACAAAACAACACCAAAAACAGCAAAAAAAACAAAACAAAAUAAAACAAAACAAAUAAAUACUAAAUAAUUGGAAAAUUGAGUCUUGUGACCCCUUAGCCAAAACAUGACAGAUUUAUACACGACUUGUAUGCGUAACAAAAGAAGAAAAACAUCAAGAGCGAAACUGUGAAGGAGAGACCUCCUUAACAUCCAUUUCAACAAAAUGAAGCGCUAAUCUGAUACAAGGAAGCAGCUUAUAACAACAACAACAACAACAACAAAACAAACAAAUAAAAAAAAACACAAAAUAUUUGUUUACCUAUUUGAAUUAACUGAAUAUGGAAAGACGAGAAUUCACAUCUUAAGUUAAAGAACAUAUUAAAACUUUCCUUGAACUAGAAAAAUGAGACACAAAGUUAACAAAAUAUAAUCGAUCAUUACGAGGUAACUGGGGAGAUGAUUGCUAGAUCUUCUAAAAAGUUGUGACCGACUUAGCGACUUAGUUACCAAGACAACAUUAGAUAACAAGUAAGAAUGGGAACUUACUUAGUGGUUAGUGUCAAGUAAUUUUGUAGCAAUAUUCAAAAAAAGCUGUUUCGAUUGUUGUUAUUGCUUUUUCUUCAGGGCAAGUUCGCCGAGGCGCCUAUAGUCCUUAUGACGUCAGAGCACCUGAGGACUGGUAAAGAGUAUGAUGCUGCUCUCAUUUGGAUUGAAGACGUAACAAAGGACUCAGUUAAAGUCUGUCUUCGUGAAAUGCAAAACUUUGACGGUAGACACCAAGAUAUCACUGUGGUACGUUCUUAGUCAGAUUUUAAAAAAACUGGAACGCGACUGUCCACAAAAUUUGUGAGCAAUGCUGGUCUUGUUAAAAAUAAAAGCGUUAAGAGAAAAAAAGCAUUGCUAAGUAAAGAUUGUCCGGCAGAUCGGGAGUGAUGAUCAGUCAAAUGAAAGGAAAUGCAGAAAGAAAAACAUAAAAAGAAACGGAAAUAAUAAUAAUAAUAAUAACAACAAUAAUACUAAUGAAUAAUAAUAAUAAUAAUAAUAAUAAUAAUAUAAUAAUGAAUAAUAAUAAUAAUAAUAAUAAUAAUAAUAAUAAUAAUAAGAAGAAGAAAUGAAUUGAAUAGCAUUACGGGCGGUGAAUUUUAAAUAGCACACAAAUUGGUCUUCCUUGUCCCCAUGCCUCCCUUCACGCCUGAUGUCUCAAAAAAAUGUGGAUUUGCAUCCUUUUCUUGACUCUUUGCGCUCUUUGUUAUGUCACAACUUCAUAGAGUUCAAAAUACUUAGAUUCAAAGGGGCCUAAAAAUGAUGAGUUUAUUUGAAUUUUUUGUUGGUGUAAUACGAUUCUGUCACAAGACUAUGGGUGGCAUCAGUUUUGUUUUUACCUCUUUUCACAGAACUGGUUUGCCUUCUCUAAACUGCACAAGCCUCUUUUCACUGAACAUGGUGUCAUAAGUUUUCCAAAUACGAAGCCACCUUUGGAUAAAAUGAACAAUGCUUAUUGCCAGGUGAGAAAAGAAUUCUUUGCAAAAGCAGUGAGUAGCAUGCUGUUCACAGCAUUGUCCCUCACAGAUAUAUCGCUUACUUACAUCACUGUUUAUAUUUUCAAAACACUUUUAGUCAUAUACACUUUACGCAAUAGAGAUCAAAGUGACUAGAAAAGUAAAGAAGCUGGUCCACUAAACAAUACUUUAAGACAAGAGGUCAAAAACUACAGACUGAUAACGUCCCUCUUAACCAUCGACAAAGUGUUUGAGCAACUGCACUGUAAACAGGUGACUGUGAAACUCGACCACAUCUUUUUAGCCUAAGCACUGCUUACAGAAAGGGACACAGCUGUGAGACCACUCUACUACGUCUGAAUGAGGUCUGGAAGCUAGUAAUAGACAGAAAAGAGCUAGUAUGUAUUCUAUCGACUGAUAUGAGUAAAGCGUUUGACUCUCUCAGCCACUCGCCGACACUAACAAAGCUUGAGACAUACGGUUUUGAGUCCUCAGCUUUGGACCUCACGCGAUCAUUCUUUAACAACCGCCAAAAUGUUCAACCCCCUGCUCUGGAACGUAUUUCAGAAUGACCUGCCCUGCUCCAUAACUACUGCUAAACUUUCGAUCUAUGUGGACGACCACCAGUUGUACACCUCAGGAACUAAUUUUACAGCUGAAAGGGAAGCCUUUAAGCAGGAAGAUCAACUUGCCGCGUCUUGGUAUCGUGAUAACUUUCUACUCGCAAAUCCUGACAAAUUCCAGGCGAUGAUCCUUUAUGAUUGGCUUUGAAGGCUAAUACACUGACAUAAGCAUAGAUGGUAGGGUCAUUACAAACACAGAUUACAUCAAACUACUUGGCCUCCACAUUGAUUGCAAUACGAACUUCAGUGGUCAUAUUAGCGAACUGUGUAAGAAAGUCAGUAAGAAAGUAGGGAUCCUAAUGCGCCUGCGCAAUCUUGUUCCCUGCUCAGCUGUAAGUCUUCUAUAAGUCUUCCAUCCUACCUUACCUUACAUACUGCCAGCUUGUAUGGCACUUCUGUAAGGCCUCCAACAGCAGGAAAAUGGAGCGCCUUCAAGAACGUGCCUUAAGAGCGAUAUACAGAACUAAGUCUGCCUCUUACCAGACACUACUAAAAUAUCAGGACUACCCACGUUGCAAAAUCGUAGGGCACGCGGCAGGACAUAGCAAUACUUAUGUACAAAGUCAAGAACAACCUCGCCCUUACCGACGUAGCAGAACUUUUUAAUUUAAAUAAUUCGAGCUAUUCUCUGCGAAACAAAUACUUUCAUUUAUCUACUAGAUUCAAUACUGUAACCUACGGCAAACAUUGAUUUCGUUAUUUUGGACCUUUACUAUGGAAGAGACUAAACAACAAGGUCGAGCAAUCACCUAGUCUUCAAUCUUUCAAGAACGCUAUCGGAAAUUUAGAUAUUUCUGGUGUUUUAUUAUUUUAUUUUAUUAACUUCGCCCCCGCCAAAAAAGAAAACAACAAACAAACAAAAAAACAGAAAGAACGUUUUCAGGGACACCGCAACAGCUGUGGCCAAUUACAGUGGGCCCGGAUACUAAUGAAAAAAUAAAAACAAGAAAUAAUAAAAAAUACAGCGAUUCAAGAAAAACUACAGCUACAUACAACAAGUUAUUGGACGAGACAAGGGACGAGCACUGUUACAUUUUAAACAGAUAGAAUCGAACGAACGUGGGUCUUCGCAGUCAUAGGAAACAGCUAACGCGGACUUAUAAUAAUUAAAAAUAACCGAUUUAGAGGAAGCUAAGGUCGAUGAGCUCAAAUCUAGUUCAUCCACUAAACAAUUCCAAAUUCCACUAGCUCUAAUGAGAAAGGAUUUCUGGUACGUAGUAGUUUUACAUUUCUUAAUUAUGUAUUUAUUAACAUUGCUGGUUGAGGAUCUAGUGCGUCUACCGUAUUUGCGAACUUCAGGUAGGACAGAGGAGUUCACGUUAACAAGACCAUGUGUCAAUUUGAAAAAAAAAAGGUUAGAUCUAAACAUUCAUGCCAGUAACAAAUAGGUAUUAGGUUUAGAGUUUAUAAUUAUAUUAGAAGAAUAAGGCAGUUUUAACAUAAACUUAGUCGCCCGUGUUUGGAUACGCUCAAGCUUGACAAUGAGCUCGAUGUACUGCGGGGCCAAAAUUUGGGUGGCGUCUCCCAAAUGUGGCCUAACUAGGGCUAGGUAUAGCGUUCGUCUUAAGGCGGUUCUAAGUAUGAACCUCGUGUUCCUCUUUAAGUAACCAAGUAGUUUAUGAGCACUCGAACAUUGUUCGUUUACUUGUUUGUACCAUGUCAGAUCCUUACUAAUCCAUACGCCCAGUUCUUUUUCUGCAGAAUAUAAUUCAAGUGCGGUGUUGUUGAGUUUGUAAGAGGAUAAGAUCGGCUUUGUUUUCCUUGUAAUGUGCUGCGCCUUAUACUUAGCUUCAUUAAAAAGGAGACCGGAUGAUUGCGGCCAAGUUGCAAGCUUACCAAAGUCUUUCUGGAGAGAAGAGGCAUCCCUGAAAGUCUUUAUCUCUCUGAAUAUUUUUGUGUCGUCAGCGAACAUCAAUACUCGACUGCUAGAACUGAUGACUUUGGGAAGGUCGUUGGCGUAUAAGAGGAAGAGGGCUGGUCCAGGGGUAACAGGAAGAUCCUCUGAAGCGGUGCCGAGUACCGUAACGCGUUGGCGUCGACCUGACAGUUAAGAGCAGAACCAGUUAGGCAGGUGCCACCGAAACCGACCUGGAUUAGCUUAUGAACGAAGCGCCUGUGACUGACUUUGUCGAAAGCUUUUGACAUAUCAAGGUAGAUGGUGUCAACCUGGCUGCCACUAUCUAAAUUAGUGAACCAAUGUGGUCAAAAGCCUCAAGCAGGUUGGUGACGCACGAUCUUCCAGUACAAAAACCAUGUCGUUUAGGUGAAAUUACAUGGUACAGGGUCCUUGAUGCUAUUCAACACACAGCGCUCAAAGACCUUGGACACUAUUGGGAGUAGAGAGAUGGGGCGGUAAUUUUCCUCGUGGUCUUUUGCACCCUUUUUGUGGACAUGCACGACGUUAGCUAGUUUCCAGUCACUCGGGAGAGACCCUAGUUGCAGUGAUUUGUUGAAGAUCUUACAUAAGGAAGGAGCAAUCACUGAGGCAGUCUGUUUGAGCAAUUUAGCAGGGAUUUCGUCCGGCCCUGUGGCUUUACCGACUUCUAGUGCUUUGAGUGCAGCUAGAAACUUGGACUCAUUGAGAGUUAGAUCGGAUAUAACAUUGUCCGAACGUAUGCACGCUGUCUUUUCCACUGCGCUGUCGAUAGUAAAUACAGAGGCAAAAAACCUGUUAAACAGUCAGCUAUUCCCGCAGGUGUAUCAGCACUUAAUCUUGAAGGGUUUUGUGACUGGUCAGCGGAAGAGUCUGGGAUGGUUACCAUGGAGACAUGGUCUGGGAUGGGAUGAGAUUUAGAGUUAAGCUUCAAAUUGACCUUAAGUGCUUGGGAUUGAAUCUAAAGCCAGUGUCAAUGAAGUCGUAAAAGUGAUCAAGGCUUUCGCGAAGCAGUUUCUUGACUUGCGCCCGGAGAGACUUAAACUUAUCCCUCAGGCCGGCGUUGUGAUUAGUUUUAAAAUGUUACUAUCUAUCCAAGGAACCGGGUUAUAUUCAGUCUCUUCGAUGCCACGAAGUCCUUGACAGCAGCUAGUAAUAAGUCCUUCCGGCACCGCCCGUCAUCAUCUAUAUUGUUAUGGCCCACAAUAGAAGAAAGAUUGAUUGCCGAGAGAGCUUCACGCAAACCUUCAAAAUCGCCAAUUGCGUAGUCGUAGACAAAUUUGCGCGGGUGUGAGGACGCAUUAACAAAAGAAUUGUACUCAAACAGGACUACACAAUGAUCCGUAAAAACACCGGCUUUAUCAGGUGACAACGCCUCGGUCACUUUGGUGUGAUCUGGGGCACUUCUUAUCACUAGAUCAAGAAUGUUACUACCGCGAGUCGGUGUGUGGUUAGUUUGCGUCAAGAAGUGGUCAUGUAACGCCUCGAUAAAUGGAAGUUCGUUAGCACCUGAAGCGCUAUCCACGGAGCCCCAGAAUAAUAAUGUAAUCUUCUGAUCUAAUUGAGGAGAAAAUAACUGUGACUGUUAUGACCUUUACAGAUCCUAAUUUUAUGAUUUUAAGAUUUUUAAGAUUUUAAUAUGUAUUAUUAUGAAUUACUAUGUAUUUUAUAUUAGUGUGCCCAUUAAGCAAUAGACCACACUUUCUAUGGGUUUACCGGCGUGAUAACCCACUUGGGAUGUUGGGAGAACACGAGAAAAGCUUGUAAAUCACUCGCCUUCGGCUCGUGAUUUACAAGCUUUUCUCGUGUUCUCCCAACAUCCCAAGUGGGUUAUCACGCCGGUAAACCCAUAGAAAGUGUGGUCUAUUGCUUUUAUAAAAUAACUUUUAGUAGAAUGGAGUCUUUUACGAAAAAAAUAUGGUUUUAGUACGUUGAUCAAGUCAUGUCUUCUCUCUAAAGUCAUCAUGGGCCAAUCAUGACUCACGAUUUAAUAGCGCCGAACUUUCUCAAAACUCAGUUCAGUCAAACAACAAACAGCAGCACUUCAAAUCACGAGUUUUUGCACUCAUUACAUGUUAACUUAUGAAAGCUGUUUUACAGGAAAAGUCAACAUUUAUUCAACCGAACGUACAAUGAAAGAAUACGCUCAUGGUUUGUUUACUACAGAAGAAGAAACUAAUUGAACAUCAGACUGUACGCAGCUGUUUGUUGAGUCGAUCCGUAAGAAUUUCGUGCUUACAGACGGAACUGGCAGCUAUUGUAAUGGAGGACUUCAUUCACAUUUUACAAGUCGCAGUGGUUUAAGUUCUGUUUUCUGGACUUUAUUAUGAUUAAGAAAUGCUGCGGUAACGACGUGGCUGCAUUUGCGAAGUUGUCGCAUGUAACUUUAUAUGCACGUACAGCGACCGGUGGAAAUAUGUCAGUAGUGGAGAAAAAUUUCUUUGCCGUAGCCACAUAUUGACCUUAAUAUUUGUCGAAUUGCAAAGUCAGGUGGUUUGAGGUAGGUUAUGGCAUCGAUAUCACCGAAUAAUUUGUGUAAAUGUUGGAAAAAACCAGCCCGAAACUCUGACAUCUUUCAUCAUCGUUGGCAGCUUGUUUACAACCUACAGCGGCCGAUUUUGUACCAUAUCUUGAUCAGAGAUCUCUUUUUUGAACAAUUUCUUUCAUUAAGGAAUUUAAUUUUGACAUAAAAUAAAUCAAGAAUGCUAAAACUAUCCGUUUUGUUGCUGGUUGGCACAUGGUUAAGUUUUCCUAGAGACUUUCUACACCAGAAAUUCACACAGUUGUUGUCUUUCUUUGCGAUUUGGCAUCGUCGUGAAAUGUAAACUGCUUUCCAGCUUUGUACUUUAUUACUUCUAAAGCUAUGGCAGUAAUAAAAUGUGGAAACCAACGCUUUUGAUAUUAAGAAGGGCUGGGUAAGUAACUUGUUCUGUUUUUUAGCCUUUCUAAAAUCGUUGUUUGCAGAUCAAUAGCCGGUUUUAUUUAUGGCUCGCGGUCCGGAUGCCUUCUUCCAUGGGUUUACCGGUAUAAUAAACCAUAGGUUUUUGACCAAUCAGAUCACGCGUACUAUCCCAGUUAUUUUAUAAAUUAGAUUAUUAAAAACUGAAUCAUUGGAUAAUGCAAUUCUAGCAUUUUGACUGGUUUAGCCGUUAUGGUAUAUGAGCUAAUAUACCAUGUUCUCCAUAUAUGGUCGGUGUACGCGUCAGUUUAAAAUUGGAAGCUAGCUGAGAUUUUUUUUCGCGAAGGAUAGAACGGCGCCCGAAGCAAAUCGUUUUAAUUCAUUUCUUAGAAUACUAGAAAUGCAAUUUCAACGAAAGAAAGAAGACAAAAACAAACAAAAAAGCCACAAGAGCUUGUUUGAAAGUUUGUCGAAAAACACAUGGAACUAAAGUACCUUGACCAGCUACGAAAGAAGACAAGUGUUGUUUCUUCAUGAUCGCGAAGCCAUUCGCCGAUCGAGUCACUCGCCGAUAGAUAACUGCAGCUUGUUUAUCCAACAUCAAGAAUAUAAAUCACAAGUAACCAGCUACAAAUACAGGCUAUGCAGCCAUUCACUAGAGCAAUCGAGGCGGCAGUAUAGCUUCUUUUCUCGUUCAGCAAAACCAGCUUGUGGCUUCAAACAACUUCAUAACAAGCGACGAGGUAAUACCAGUAGUUUUUCUCCGUUGUUUUUACUUUUAUAACUGCACCGAAAAUCCAAAUUCAUAGUAAUUUCGACGACUGUCACUUAAAAAUUCCUUUCCUUCACAUUAUCUGCCAGGUUUUUUAAGCUGUUCUGCUGUGUAAAAUCCUAGAAUCACGAUGAGUUUUUAAAAAACUAAUGUUCAUCGCACAAUGUUUUGAUUUUUCAUUCAUGCAGUCUAGGCGAGCCCGGUUAGCGCGUUGACAGUUUUGAUAGACGUGUGACAUGUCAAUAGCGGAAGUCCCUUGUUUUUUCCGGUUUGUUCUAAUCGGGGCGAUUCAACGAGAUUUUGUGGGCGUUUUUAAUAAAACAAUUAUUCCACUCGGGCUUGUUGGAUAUGAAAUGAUUAUAGCCAACUCGGCGCUAUGCGCCUCGUUGGCUAUCUAUCAUCUCAUAUCCAACGCGCACUCGUGGAAUAAUUGUUAAAUAUAUCAUUAUAAUUAGUAUUAUCAUAGAUUAUUAUUAUUAUUAUUAUUAUUAUUAUUAUGUAAUUUUAGACAAGUGUCCCCAAUUAGCCAUAUACUUUUGACACUUGAAUAAAGUUCUUAUAUCUUAUUAUAUUGUUAUAUUAGACAUUUCAAAAUAUCAAAAUGGCAGUUUGUUCUGUUAAAAUGAUUAAUCGCCAAUAUUGCUUGUUCAAUUGGAACUUAAAAAAUAAACACAUUGACGGGAACUGAAGCUUUUAGUGAUUAGGGAACAGUGUUAAACGUUUUAUGUUUCUCUUCCAUGGCAGUUCGUUUCAUUCACGAGAGCUUAUAACUCGACUCCAACAGUUCUUGUCUCAGCCAAUCACAGCACGACGGCAUCUGGGAAUUCAGCACCGAAUCACAACGGAAUUACAACUUGGAUCGAGGUAAAAUUUUCCGCAAUUGGGGAGGAUUGUGGGGAUGUAUCGAGGCAAACAAAUUUCAAACCAAAACUCGACGAAAGAUAUAACUGAACAGAGACACACGCUUGCUUGAGGCGAUGUAUAGGUCAAUAAUAGGUGUGGCGCAAAAACGUGCCGAGUGAAGUUGAGAUUGCUUAUCGGCUUCCUUUUGACGUUAAUUAUCGAAUACGAUUAUGGUGUUGGUACAAAAUAAUAUCCGUAGGGCCCGCGCGCGGUGGUCUCGAACUUCAGAUCUGAUUGUGCGGGUUUAAAUGUUACUUUAGAGCUGUUUCCUUGGACACGAAACUUUGCUCCAAUCAUUUGGCUUCUUUCUACAUCAACAGGGAUAUUUAGCUCCGUCCUUCUGGGCCUCAUAGCUCAUUUGUACCACUGCCGGGCCCCUUAUUAGGGUAACAAGGAUAUUUUGGAUAAAAUUUCGAACAUUAAUUCACCAUAUAUUUUGUUAUACCUUUGUUAUUUCUAUAGCCUCCCACUCAGGCGUUUUUAGGGGAGCUCGUUUUUCGGGUUGAGCAGGCGUUUGUGGGGAGGGAUGAAAAACGAGCUCCCUAAAAACGCCUGCGUGGAAGGCUAUUAUUUCUGAAGCUUCUUUUGAUUUUCUAGCGCUCUUUAAUUACUUUCAUCAAACCACAGUGUUAAUUCACGGCGAAUCUUCGCAUCUCUAUGUGACAUAAGAAGACGUAGGAGAACGUUUUAAAAAUAUUCUGGUAUUCUCUUCCUGUUAAUUCAGUUGUUUAUGACUACAAUUUUAGCUAUACUAAACUACGUUGAGUGCUUAUUAUUUUUCUUCAGAACAUGAAUACCUCUGGAUUCAGAGCCUGUAUCAAGGAAUUAUACGGGACGAGAUAUGAUCCCUUGUCCGUCGGUUAUGCCGUGCUCACAGGUCUGUAAUACUACUGAGUUCAUUUAUGAAGUAGUUUUUAGCAAAUGAAAAAAGAAACGUUAUUUGUUACCGGAUUCAUCUGGAAAUACUUUGGAAAUGCCCUAAACUAAUAACACAAUGCACGUUGAUGGUUUUGCAAGUCAUGGCGGAGUCAAGAGAGUGUAUCUGUUGACAUAAAAAAGAUUCUUGAAAUUCUUUCAAGUUAUAAUUUUCCUACCCCUCGAAGAAUUUCACUGUUUAAUUAAAAGGAUAAAUAACGAGGAUGAAAGACCUUGCUAGAAAUUAAAAGCACCAUGCUUAAAGCAAUCGGUUUAAUAGUUCGAUAUAUUUCAUCUUUAUGCGAGUGGUAUAUCCCUAUCGCUAGUCUUCUAUGGCCAAUAAUAUCUUACUAGUACCUUGAAACCAUUAAGCGUUGGAAAGCAUUUUCGCAUCACGCUCCUAACAGUACUGCGAGUGAGAUACUGCCAAGGAUUUGUCAAUCCGGCAGUUUAUUUGAAUAUAUAUAUAUAUAUAUAUUUGACUCUUACGUUUAUCUGUAUUUCGCAGACAUCUGUGAACCUGGCUGGAACUAUUUCAACGGCUUUUGCUAUUUCACAAGUAAGACUUGUCAAAAUUGGACCACAGCACUGGAUAAAUGCCGACAAGAAAACUCGGUUCUUGUUGAUGUCCAAAAUAACGAAGAAAAUGUGUUUUUACAGCAUCUACACAAUGAAGCAAAAUCCUGGCUGGGAUUGAAUGAUAUUUUCACAGAGGGCUCCUUUACUUGGGUAGAUCGUGGUACUGGGAACUUUACAGCUUGGGCCAAAAACCAACCAACCAAUUUUAGGGAUGAAGACUGUGUGCAUACACUAGGUGUUGAAUAUAAAUAUGAAUGGAAUGACGUGAAAUGCAGUGACUGUCAUAAGUAUACUUGUAAGAAAGGUAAGAUGUGAUGUAUAAGUUUAGGAAUGCACAAGAAAGAAGGACUGAGUUCAAGCUGAAUGAAUAAAUGGCAGCAUCAUGAAGCGCAUGAUAUUAUUAGAAAUCUAUAUUUCAUACCACCAAAUGACGUGAAAUGGAAAGAAUGUACUUGUAAGGACUUCCCUUUGAAAGUGGAAGAAGGUAUAGGGAUAAGGGAUUUGUAAAUUCACAAGGGAAAAGCCCUUAACGAGGUUACAAACAGACACAAUUGAUAUUAAAAACUUCAAUGAAAUCAGUUGUUGUUUUUGAUUUUCGUCCCCCUAACAAAUCGUAUUUUGGUGCGUUAAUCGUGACAAUAGUUUGCUUUUAUUUUGAACAGAUCUGAAUGAAUGCAGUAGGGACAAGUAUUACUGCCAUCAGGUCGCCAGCUGCACAAAUUAUCGUGGUUCAUUUACUUGCACUUGUGAUCAAGGCUACUUUGGAGACGGCUUUGAGUGCGAGCUCAAUUACGCAAGUAUGAUCAGAUAUAAAAUUGCAGCACUGCAUGUUAAUUAAGCUUAAUUAUUAACAGCAAGUUCAUUUAUAGUAAUCUAUUCUUACUGGAGCCAUCAGCAAACAAUGCCCAUAAUUCCAAUAAUAUAUGGGAGACCCAGCCGGAGGCGGUAGGAGCGGGGAGCUCCUGGUAAAGAGAGAGUUCUUCAAUGCAGAGAAAUGGGUGGGGCGUGUAAAGAAAUGUAUACGAAACACCGAAAAGAUUGAGCAGGCUAUUAAUUGCGAAUAAUUAAUAGACUUAUACAAGAAACCCACCAUGUACAAAUAGGUAUAGGAUAGCAACGGGCUAUACACGGCGUGCUAGUAUCACGCUCUUUUAUUGCGGAGUUCUUAUGUUUUCAAUGGCCAUCAUUCAGUAGCUUCUACUGCUUACAUGCAACGUCUAAAUUUUCGAGUGUCUUUUUAUGAUUUCCCAUUCUAAACGAAACGCUAUGGAGAAGAGUAGCUGCGCAGGCGACAUGGUAUCCUCCUCCUUCUUGCGAGUCUAAACUUUGCAGUUUAAUUCGGUGGCCUGGUUGAUAUUUUGCAUAUUCGGUAGCCUGCGUAGCAUGCGCUUGUAAGUAGUGGGCGAAAGAGAGAACGGACGCGCGCGAGAAAGACACAUUCGCGCGCCCGUUUUUUCUUGUGCCCACUACUUCCAAGCGCCGGCAACGCAGCCUACAUAUUCUGCCUUAUUAUUACCCCUAGUUUUAGACUCUUGUUGUGAGGGAAGUCAUUCGAAAAUUGAUAAUUUGCCUCGCAAGGUAAGAAUCCGAUUCGCAUUGAAAAAGAGUUUUUAAAUUCCUGAGUCCUUUUGAGGCCACCAACUCAGGGUCUUUAAAUCACUGACUGAGAGGAUAAAUUGUUUCCUUUGAAAAGACAUCUGCAAAUGGUAAAACUUUGUAGUCUUCUCAGGCAAGGACGAUAAACCGUAGGCCCUGUCUCCUAACCGUUUUAAAGAACCCACACUCUGUUCGUAAAGAGUAGGGGACGCACUCUCCGGUGUUGUGGUCUAUCUCCCAUGGUGGGCGGGACUGUUAUGGGUCCUCGGUAAUAAGCGCCCCGCGCUGUUGCGGUGAACUGCCAAGAAUUGGUAAGUAAAUAAAUUAGUGAUAACUUUGUCUCUAAUUUUUGUAGGGGGUUUGCAACAGUCUACUGUAAUGGGGAAUGAUGCUAACUACUUGCAAUAUUUAAGCACCUGGCUCAAACCAGUUGCUCAGAGCAAAUUUUCACGAUGGAAGCGAUGUUGGCGGGCGUCCGUGGACGGCUGGGCUGCCAGUACUUUUCACAGCGGAUGUGACAACAAAGGACCAACUGUAACAAUAACAAGAGUCGGCGGAAAAUACAUUUUUGGAGGUUACACCAGCCUCUCUUGGGGUAAG